CAGCUCUCCAGGACACAGCGCUUCCAACUCUGAGUGACGUCCCAACUCUGGUCCUUGCUUCACAACCAACGUGAGAAUUACACCCUCCAGACCUCCCACAGGUGACAACCUCAGAGACGUGCUGGCCCAAGCAUGACAGUGACAUAUGAAAACUUCCAGGACUUGGAGAGUGAGGAGAAAGUCCAGGGGGUUAGAAAUGGGCUGCCUCCUCCCCAGUCCCUCCUGCAGCAUCUCCGUUCUGGGCCCUGCCUCCUCCUGCUGUCCCUGGGCCUUGGUCUCCUGCUGCUGGUCAUCAUCUGUGUGGUUGGAUCCCAAAAUUCCAAAUUUCAGAGGGACCUGGUGACCCUGAGAACAGAUUUUAGCAACUUCACCUCAAACACUGUGGCUGAGAUCCAGGCACUGACUUCCCAGGGCAGCAGCGUGGAAGAAAUGAUAGCGUCUCUGAAAGCUGAGGUGGAGGUUAUCAAGCAGGAACAGCAGGCAGUUCAUUCUGAAAUGCUCCUGCGAGUCCAGCGGCUGAUGCAAGACCUGAAUAAACUGACCUGCCAGGUGGCUACCCUCAAGAACAAUGCCUCUACUGAAAGGACCUGCUGCCCCAUCAACUGGGUGGAGCACCAAGACAGCUGCUACUGGUUCUCUCACUCCGGGAUGCCCUGGGCCGAGGCUGAGAAGCACUGUCAGCUGGAGGACGCCCACCUGGUGGUCAUCAACUCCAGGGAGGAGCAGAAUUUUGUCCAGGAACAUCUAAGCUUCGCAUACACCUGGAUGGGCCUCAGUGACCUUGAAGGAGCCUGGAAGUGGGUGGAUGGAACAGACUAUGAGACCGGCUUCCAGAACUGGAAGCCAGGCCAGCCAGACGACUGGCAGGGGCACGGGCUGGGCGGAGGCGAGGACUGUGCCCACUUCCACCCAGACGGCAGGUGGAAUGACGACGUCUGCCAGAAGCCCUAUUACUGGGUCUGCGAGGCUGGUCUGACCCAGGCCAGCCAGGAGAGUCACUGAGCUGCCUUUGGUGGGACCACCUGGCCGCAGAAAUGGCGGUGGGGAGGAGGACUCUACCCGGGACCUCCUCUCAAGACCGCUCUGGCAGAGGAAUAAGCCCUGGGAGAUUGGGAGCACU